CAAGUACGUAACGAGUUUAAUAUCCUUCAUCCGCGUCUCCGCCUCGUUCUCGUCUCGCCUUGCCCACCCCAGCUUUCUGCGCGGCGAGCCCCUUGCGCGCUUUUUACCCUUUCCUUUGCUUCUUGGAAAACAGUCAUCUAUCCACUUGCGCGAAUCCUGACCUGCCGUGCGGCCGUGACCUGUCGCUUCCACAGAUUCCUUUUCUUUUGGCGCUCCGAAACGACGACCCCUGCGAUCCAACGCGACCCGCACCCGCGCGACGGUGAGCGGUAAAAGGGGACUCUCGCAUCCUGCUCCUGCUCGAUGACGCUGCUCUUGCGCCUGGGACCACCCCGAUAGCGCGACGGCGACGACCUUUUCCGACGACGACCGAGCCACAUUAUCGACCAAGAAUGGCGGGCGCGAGGCCGCUCCUGUUCCUGUACCCGCAGCUGCUGAGGGCCGCUGCCAGGUCGCCGUACUCGUCGGCGACGGGGCCGCGAGCCUGGGACGCCGCGGCGGGCGCGACGUCGCGCGCCGGCAGGGCCAAGAGCUCGUUCGCGCCGCGGCAUGGAAAGGGCGUCGAGCCGGCGGCCUGGGAGCAGAAGCAGAAGGAGGCUCAGGACCUGGAGCAGGAGCCCAUCAUGAUGCCGCCGCCGCAACCGGCACCCGCACCGGCACCAUCGCCGCCACAGCCGGCGGCGGCAAAGGAUACUGAUGCUACGACGACGUCGGAGGCGACCGUCAGCGCGAGCAAGGACGACGGUGAGGCCAAAAGCGACGGCGGACAAGUGGCCCCCGCGCCAGAGAUGGAAGUGAGGGCCGGCACUGCGAGCGCGGCUACUUCGGGCGCCGAGGCGAGCAAAGACAUUGAGGUUGAAGCGGGCAAGACGGAUGUCGAGGAUCGCGCCACCCGGCCGGAGCAGCAGCAGCAGCAGCAGCAACAACAACAACAACAACAGGGCAAGGGGAAAGAGGGUGACGACAAGGGCCAGCAGCGGCCAUCGGGUCCGCUCGAUGAGGUGCUGCUGAUGCAGGCACCGGAGCGCAUGCCGCCACAGCACCCGCACAUGUCGCCGCCGCCGUACGUGCACCACUUUGACAGCUACUCGCUGGUCAAGCAGCUCCAGGAUGGCGGCUACUCGCAGGAGCAGGCGACGACGGCGAUGAAGGCGAUCCGGACGCUGCUGGCGCAGAACCUUGACGUGGCGCAGAAGAGCCUCGUUAGCAAGAGCGAUGUCGAGAACGAGACGUACUUGUUCACGGCAGCGUGCUCGGAGCUGGGCACCGAGAUCAAGAACAACAGGAGGCUGCAGGACGAGCAGAUGCGGCAGCAGAGGACGCACCUGCAGCACGAGGUGGACAUUUUGACGCAGUCACUCAAUCAAGAGCUGCUGACGCUGACGGACAAUGUGCGUGGCAUGUUCAACGACCGCAAAAUGGCGGUGCGCGAGGAACAAAAGGCUGUUGACAGCGCGAUCCAAGAGAUCACGUACAAGAUGAGCAUCCUGCUCAACAGCGACUCCAAGUCGGAGAUUGAGGGCGUGCGGUGGAUCCUGAUCCGGCGGUCGGUGCUGGGCAUCAUCUUCAUGGCCAUCUUGACGCUCGGGGUGCUGCGCUACGCGACAUACACGCGGCAGCAGCGCAAGGAGGAGGCGGACCGGCGCCGCCGGGAGAAGGAGAAGCUGCGAAAGGACGGCGGCAAGACGGACCACAGCGCGGCGGCGGAUGCGGCGGCCAUUCUCGCGGCCAACUGAGGGAGGUACUGCGUGGCGAAUCAUACCCGACACGAUACGCCUUUGCGCAUGAAUGCAGCGCAUGAUGUAUAUACAUAGAUGGGUAGAUAGAUGUCCGGAGGACGACACUGGCAGUUCGGUCAGACGGUGGC